GUUAAUUAUUAGAAAUUAGGUACUUAAUUAAAUUACUUAUUAGGUAAUUACUAUAUUUUAAUAUAACACUAUGUGUUCUCUUCUAUCAUAACUUAUAGAAACCGGGAUAUCUUACAUACUAUAUUGAAGAGCAAUGUUUUACCCUAACUUGUAUAAGUAAUAUUUACGUGACAUAUGUUCUAUAUAACUUCUGUUUUUUAAAACAAUUUAUGGGCAUGGUAGCGUUGAGUUGUUGAUUUAUAGAAUUCAUAUUAUGUAAAACACAAACAAUAUUAACAGUCAAUAUUUUUAACACAAUGGCCGAACCAAACACAGAAUACGUAGAUGAAAACAAUAAAGCGAAUUUAGAAAAUCUAAAACCAACACUUCAAUAUACAAUAUUUGAUGAAUACGACAACGAAGAGUUACUAUACCCAAAUGAAAAAUUAGGAAUACUGAAGAGAAAGUUAGAAAUUGUGAGAUCAAGGGCGGAUAAUACAUUUAAAAAGAACACCUCCCCUUUAAGGCGACCAGCGGACAAUGCACCUCUGCACGAAGUAUACAAAAAUGUUAUUAAUAAAGACUCGUUCACCACUUUAGCCUCGAUUUUAGAUAAUGAAAAAAACGUUUGUAGUAUAACAUCAACUGAAAAUGAGAAAUUUAAGUCGACAGAAAACAAUAUAAAAUCUGUUUGCAACAAUAACGCAAACAUUCAAGGGUUCAAUAAACCAUUAAAUAUUGAGAAAACUAAUCAAAUAAACUCCCAAGCAAUUAAUGAAAACACUAAAUAUUUGAACGUUACAAAUGAUGAUAAUAUAAAGAAAACAAACAUUGCUUCAAAUAAAAAUACACAAUUGCCGAAGAAGAAAAUUAAAAAACGUAAUAAAGUUGUAUCUAUCGAUAAACCAAAAUAAUAAAAAUGUAUAGAUACCUAAUUUCAAUUACUUAUUAAUUAUAAAAUAAAUUCUUCUCACGGAGUUAACUACCUAA